CUUUAAUUAAAAUGGAGCAAGCAAUCAUUUACGAUCAUAAUGAUCCUGAGGAUGUACAGAAAGCCAAGAAAUGGGAGAAAACCAGAAGAGGAAAUAUCACCACUCAAAUCAAGACUCGGUCUAAGGUCCAAGGGAAGGAAUCUGUCAGACCUACUGUUAUUAAUAGUGAAUUGAUAGCAGAAUACUUUCAGGAAUAUAACAGAGAAAAUAAAAUUUUUAAUAAAGACGAUACUCCUUUGUGGGAUUUCACUCACUUGGCAUUAUCUUAUAAAAAUAUCAUAGAUAUUGGAAACUUGAAGGGAAUGGAGAAGCUAAGAAAGCUCCAAUUAGACAACAACAUUAUUUACAAAAUUCAAAAUCUUGAUCAUUUAGUUAACUUGGAGUGGUUGGAUCUAUCUUUCAACCAGAUUGAGAAGAUCGAAGGACUAAACUCCUUGACAAAGCUCACUGAUCUGUCUCUCUAUAAUAAUCAUAUUGUGGAAGUAGGAGGCCUUGGGAAGCUCAUGGAGCUGAAUGUUCUUUCUCUUGGUCAAAAUAGAAUUAAAAGCUAUGAAAAUGUCAUCACUUAUCUCAGAGAAAUUCCCAACAAACUUGAAGUCUUGACGCUUGAAGGAAAUCCAUGCAUCAAGAAAGAUCUCAAAGAAGAGUAUCAACUCUAUGCAUAUGCUUAUCUUGAUAAGCUCCAGUACCUGGACUAUCAUAUUGUCAAGCAAGAGAGUAGGAAUACUGCUCUUGAGAAACACAGAGAAGAUAUUGAUGAGCGUGACAACCAAAAGGAAGCUGAUAAGAAUGUUGUUACCACUCCUACAAUGAUGUCUAAAGAGCGUAGACAACAACUCAUAGAAGCUCAUAUCCUGAUUGCAAGUGAUAUUUUCAAAAGAAAUCUUGCUGAAGAUGAAGUCAUGCAAAAGUUCACUAUCCUUCCAAACUACCAAGAUAUCAUGCAACAGAUAGAUGAUGAAGUCAGAGAUAAAAUUGAAGAGUUCGUGGAUGAUGCUCUCAAAAGUCACCAAGAGAAAAAGGAAAAGAUUGCAUACUGGACAGAGAUACUUAAGGAAGGAGAAACUAAAGCAGAACUAAAAUCUAUUGGCUUGAUCAAUGAAUUCAACGCUAAGCAUAAAAAGGAGUAUGGAAGUAUGAACUGGGAUCAAUCAACAGACAAGCAAUUACAUGAUUACAAAGAGUGGAAUGACAUAAACCUUAAAGAACUUGAAGACAAGCUAAUGCUUGUAGAAAUGAAACUAGUUGAAUCUCUUGGACUUGCAAAUACUGAAUUCAGCAAAGAUAUUGAGAACAUUAACAAUGAGUUGACAACAAAAAUUACCAAGUUCACUGAUGGUGUGCAAGAUCUGAUCAAUCAAUUCCAAGUUGAUCUUAAAGAUCACGCUUACAAACUUAAUGAAGAGGUGACUAAAGAAGAAGAGAACCCUACUUAUCAAGACAUUGGAGAUGACACUGAUCUAUUACAGUUGAUCUAUGACAAAGAUAUUCUCGCUCAAUUCUUCGAGCAAUGCAAAGAGAACCAAGAAAACAAGAUUAGUGAGAAGAACAACGUCAUGAGGAGCGAUAUCAACAACGAUUGGAAGGACAUUAAACAAAGCCUAACAGAAGCCCAACACGACAGAAACAGAGAUAUAAUUCUUGAAAUUAUAAAAUUCACAAAAGAGAAGAAAAACGAAGUUGAUGAUCUUCUUAUGCAAUACUUAGAAGAAGAAUAG